UCUUUGCGCUGCAGCAGCGAGUCGUCCUCGUCAGGCAUUUUCAUUCAUCGCAGUCACUCGGUUCUUCUGAUGGUGUUAAAUUUCGUCGUCGUCGUCGUCUUCGUUUUAGACCGAUUUAUCAAAAUUAGCAGCUUUGUAAAGUGUAUAAAAUGUUCGCGAGGUAUUCGCGGCUAGUUAGUGCAUGAAGAUUGCGUCGAAAAGUGUGUGCUAAAAGUGUGCAAUCGACGGAAAGCUGCCAGCUAGCGAUUGUUUUGGGUGCGGAAAAAUUGUGUUGUCUUUCGAAAAAAAAAGUGACGCGAUUCUUCAACCAGUGCAGCAUCAAACGCGGAGGAUUAUCGUGUGCUAAAAAUAGAAGAAAAACGAGUGUAAAUUAUUAAGCGCACUGCAGCAGCAGUAGCAGCAAGUCAGCCAGCCAGCAGUAACCGCGAACCACAUUAAGGUAAAGGGAGAAAGUGAUCCAAAGUGCUGAAGAGACGGGGCUGAAGAAAGAUAGUGAUAGCGAAGAAAAAAGUUGAAAUAUUACGGAAAAAAUAUCGUAGUUUAGUGCAACUGUAGUGUGUGUGUCCAGGUGCUGGAUCCGUGUGACCACAGCGGCGAUGGAUGAGCUGUCGGAGACCGAGCUGCGCUACUACAACGACCUGUUCAAGAUCUGCAGCGAAUCUUCGGACGGGAGCGGGAAGGUUCCGGCUCUGAAGGCCACCUCGCUGUUCCGAUCGGCCAAUUUGUCCAACGAAGUUAUUAAUAAGAUAACCUCCCUAGUUGGCAUUCCACAAACCGCACUCCAUCUAUCCCGGCAGCAAUUCUACGGAUGCCUAAAGCUAAUAGCGGCCUACCAAGCAUCGGUUCCCCUACGGGAAGAGAUACUGACAGCCUCAAUGAGCCUCCCGUUGCCGCAGUUUAGCUGGAUAGACUCGCCGACUGGUCUUCCACCUUCGAUCGCCGGAGGACCGGCUGCUGCGGUCGGCAUCCUCAAUUCCUCCUCCAGUGCCAUGACCGAGCGAAACGGAUACAAGGAAGUGAAAAACAGUAGAGAUCUCAUAGAGUUGACGGCGGCCACCAGCAGCAGUAGCAGUCGGGAACGAGUCGACGCAGUUUCGAACAGUGGCGACAUGACCAACUCGGAUCAACCGAGCACAGAUUCCGAGGUGGAACCGAAUGACGAUUCCAUGCUUCGAUCAGCAGAACGGCACCACGUGGGAACUGGUGGAGUAGGAGGUGCCAAAGGCCACGGUGGUGCAGGCAAAGCGGCAAGAGGAGCCGUCGGCGGAAAUAGCAGUGGCGUCGGCGGAUCUCCCGAAGCAUGGAGCACUGCUAGUGAUAGUCCGACGCCCACCAACAGUGUGGCGGAAAGGCCUUGGGCGAACCAGAACCUCUGGCAGGGUUUGGUUUGCGAGGAGCAACGACAGCUAUUAGGAACGGAAGAGGAGUCUUCCGACCGACACAGUAGUGAUGACGAUCAAGAAGUUGAUCUAGAGUAUUUUUAUCAGAUUUCCCAGACGCAGAAAGAGUACUAUUUAAAACAGUUUCGUACAAUACAGCCCGAUGUGCACGGGUUGGUUAGUGGACAAGUAGCCAGGGUAUUCUUUGAAAAAUCACGCAUUCCAAUUGAAGAACUUCGUCAUAUCUGGCAGAUGUGUGACGUUACACGCGACGGGGCUUUAAACCUAGCGGAAUUUACUGCUGCCAUGCAUCUGGUGGUCCUAAGGCGGAACAAUAUACCCGUUCCGGCUACGCUUCCUCCCUGUUUGAUGCCCACACUGCUGCAGCAUUCGCUGUUUUCCAGUGGCAGUGGUGCCAGUGUUGGCACACUGCAAAAUCAGCACAGCGGUGGAUCUGCGGGAGGAGUCAGCACGGGAAGUGCAACAGGGACGGACAAGGAACGAACCGAUCCAGAGGAAGCGGAUCUGUUACACCUGGAAAGCGAUGACAACACCGACAGCCAAAGUAGAGCCAACAUUGACACAAAGGAAUAUCAGCGUAUUAUUUCCCAUCCGGAACCACUGAAACUGGCCCAUCAGACUUCAAGUAACAAUACGACUUUGGUCUCGGUUGGCGGUCCGGACAGUCCUCCAACGGUGUCGUCCACAACGGGUAGCUCAAAGAUAAUCAACAGUACGGCAAGUGGUCGAAAGACGCCUACGAACUUGGCGUCGCCUCCGCACAAUCAACAGCCAAAGCAGAAGAACUCGAACGACCAUCCGGUCACGCCACCUAAUGCUUUAAGUAAUAAUAAGGACUGGAAUUCGGCUAGCAAAGAGUGGACCAAAUUCACCGAAUCUCCUACGUCUAAUGUCUCUAGUCCAGGGCCGAAACCAGUCAACUUCGACAUGCAGCGUACAACGCAGGCAAUAGUGUCCGAUCCUCAAAUUCUGCAUCCAGUGCCACUUCGUGUUACGCCAGUUGGCGCAGAGGCAGCUGACAACAGUAAUCUAGUCUACAGUGAUGUAACCGUCGGCAGUGGCGGUAUUUUGAUAGUGCAACGAGAUGACUCCAGCCCAAAGCAGCUACAAGCGCAACAACCAUCGCUGGCACAUUCAAAUCAACGAGAUUCGCUGACGAGUGGCGAUUUGCGAGCGAUUCAGCGACCUCAGCCGAAAAAGCCUCCUUCCAAGGGAGUCGGAGCCAUUCCUCCUCCGCCUCAGCGGGAACCCAGUAUCACGUCUUCGACGGGAGGUGUUGUCGCCACUGCUGGUGUAGAUUCAAUGGCUACAUCUCUUGAUACGGCAACGUUCAACAGUGUCAUCAACAGUACAGCGGGCGGGCAUGCUCCGGCAGUCGUUAGCACCGUAACAAACAGUGCCAGUAAAAAGGAUCAACCUCCUCCACCGUUGCCACCGCCUCGGCCAUCCCAGCACCGGCACACCCGAAGCAGUAGUUUAGAUCUGAACAAGCUGAAGCUGAACAACGCCACCAAGCAGCAGAUAGAAGACCAAAUGCGCAUGCCACCGCCACCGGAAGUGCCACCUCGUGUCACGCCGACCGCUGAGCAUCCGACGGCACCUGGAUUUGCAGAUUUUGCGCACUUUCCGAAUGCGUCAGCUGCUAGCGGCGGAGCAAAGAAGGUUGCCGCGGAAAACAACGUUACGACUAUCCAUUUGGACGCCAGUGGCAAUAUGACGACGGGCCCCGCCGCCGCAACACAGCAGCACACUCCACGGGGCAGCUUGUCCAGCUCUUGGUUCAUCGUUAGCGGGCCGAGUGCGUUCGAGGUGUACCGUAAACCCCAGCAACAGUCUCAUUCGCGAGGAUCUCAAUCGCCACCAUCGCAGGCCCCACAGCCACCGUUGGUCGCAUCGCGAAGUGUCGAAUCGUCCUCGCUGGACUACGAGAAGCGCAUCUCUGCCCUGAGCGACAACCUGCGACAGGUUCGGUUCAAGAACGCCGAAGUUGCCAACGGGCCCGAUGUGCUCAAGCAUCUCAAGGAGCAAAAUCUGCUGCUUUUGAGGAUAUGCGGUGACUUGAGCGAGGAGCUUCUGCAAAUCCAACAGAAGCGCGAAGACAUUCGGAUAAAGAUCGAACUGCAGGAGCAGAGUCUGGGUGCCAGUGUGGUGUCCGCUGUUGGUAACGGAAGUCAGCAGCAGCAGCAGCAGCAGCAGGUUACGAGCAGUGGAAGUGCUGGGCCUUCUUCUUCUAAUCAUCUCGCAUGAGAGCAGCAUCUUCGUUGAACGGUAGUUGUUGGUAGGUACUAAGAAGAAAGUGAAAACCAAUGUGGUGUUAUUAUAUUGAUUGAUUGUGGGGGAUUUUAUUAUAGGACAAAAUGGGACGAAGGGUAUCCGAAUUCAAUGAAAAUUUGUGUAUGACUAUAAUAUCUGAAUGUGUAGGAACAAAAACAAAAAUCCUAAUUAUGCUUUUUUCUGUCUAAUGUGUGGCAAUAAAUUCAAUUUAUUCAAUUAUUUCAAAAAUAAAAUAAGAAGCGGCCAAAGUAUAAUGGUUAGAUCAAUUGAUCAACUUUCUUGCUUGUUUCAUUUUGGUCUACUCUGUUACGGUCGCCAUGUAAUACACUAAGGUUUUUUUUUACACGGGUAGUUUUUCUGCUUUAAGGGGCGAUUUCUUCACCCUGGCUUAAGCGUUAAACCAGGUUUAACUAUAUGGGUAAGCCUGGCUUACCGGUUAAGCCGAGGUGAAGAAAUCGGCCCUAACUCGGUCAAUUUUGGGCCAAUUCGCAUGAAAAUUUGUACACAAGUAGACACGGUUAGUACUACCUGUGUACGGAAAAUCAGAUAGGUAGGUUCAAAAUUGACCGAGUUAAAGCAGAAAAAUUACCCGUGUAAAAAAAGACCUUAGUGUAGUAUAGUCGUAUAGGGCCGUUUUACAUUAAACGGCACCCGAAGACUUACGGUUACCCAUCGAUUAGUUUAUUGUUGUUAAUGUUUUAAGACUCAUAGAGUCUUGGCAAAAUGGAUGAUCAAUCAUGCGAGUGACGGAUCGCAACCGCUAGCCGAAGCGCGUCAUCAUCGCAAUAAUCUAAACACAAUACUCUGUGCUUAACAGCAUGAACUUGCGCAGAUGCAGCGAUAUACAUAGUCUACCGGAUAAAUGUGAAAGGACAUGUGGCCGAAUGGACAAAUGAUCGGAUAUUUGGUCGAAUGCAUAUUAAGGUGACUCUACUUUCUUUUGGACAAAAACAGCUCUUUCAAUGAAUUCGAUCGUCUGUUAUAAGACCGUUACAAUUGUAUCGUCACUUUCUCGCCCUUCCUUCCACAUUGACCUACAAUCAGAAAUGUUAGGCGCAAUUCUCGCCUAACGAAUUGAAGAUCAGAUCACUAACACUUACAAACUGAAUAUUCUCAUUAGUUCCGAACAGUCCUCUUAUUGGUUUAUUAUGUGUAUGUACCUGAAUUGGCGAUAUUGGAAUACCUAGCGGUCAUUGAAGCUCAAGCUCACGAUGGUCUGAGCUGACAAAAACCUGGUCUUAGUGAUUUAUUAACUUCCCAUAAAACGCACCGCAACACACGUUGCGAAUUUUUCUGCUUUCAUUAGAAAAGUAAUGAUACAUGUUAUGUUUCGAUGUUGUUCGAAUCAGAACAUAUAUGUGAAUAAACAUAUAAAUUGCUAAGAAAUUUAGAUAUAAUGGGAGAUUUAUUUUUAUUUUUCUUCAUAAACCCAAACAAUCUAAGCGCAAACGUUCGUUGAAUUCAGAUACCCUUGGACCUGAAAAACUCGUCCGAUAAUAUCACAAAACUUCCCGUACACAUACCGUUGUUCCCUACUUGCGAGACACAAUGUUUUGAUGCUCCCUUCUAAAGCAAAAAAAAAAUCCCUCGCUUCGUAGAAAUCAAAAUCAAAUGCGCGCCGUAUCCGUACAACUGGAGAGUAAAACAGGAAUAUUUUAAUCAUUGUUAG